AUGCCCCGCCUCGCUGCCCUCCGUCCCCUCGUGCAGGCCUCGGCCGCCCGCUCCUCCGUCUCCGUCAUGGGCGCCCGCACCAUGGCCUCGGCUAAGUUCGCUCAGUACAACUGGGAGGACCCCCUCAACCUGCAGUCGCUCCUGACCGAUGAGGAGCAGGCUAUCCAGGAGACCGCCCGCUCGUUCGCCCAAGAGAACCUCCUCCCCCGCGUCACCGAGGCAUACCGUAACGAGAACUUUGACCCCGAGGUCAUGCGCGAGAUGGGCAGCCUUGGUCUCCUCGGCGCUACCAUCAAGGGCUACGGCUGCGCUGGCGUCUCGUCUGUGGCCUACGGUCUGAUUGCCCGCGAGGUGGAGCGCGUCGACUCUGGCUACCGUUCGGCCAUGUCCGUCCAGUCGUCGCUCGUCAUGCACCCCAUCCACGAGUUUGGUACCGAGGCCCAGAAGGAGAAGUUCCUCCCCAAGCUCGCCACGGGUGAGCUUAUCGGCUGCUUUGGCCUCACCGAGCCCAACCACGGCUCGGACCCGUCGUCGAUGGAGACGACAGCCACCAAGACGGCCAACGGCUGGGUGCUCAACGGCUCCAAGACUUGGAUCUCCAACGCCCCCGUCGCGGACGUGUUUGUCAUCUGGGCCCGCGUCGUCGAGAACGGCCAGAAGGGCAAGGUGCGCGGCUUCAUCAUUGAGAAGGGCGCCGAGGGCCUCUCGGCCCCCAAGAUCAAGCACAAGCUCGCUCUCCGCGCGUCCGUCACCGGCUCGGUCUUUAUGGACAAUGUCCAGGUCGGCGAGGACUCGCUCCUCCCCAAGUCGGGCGGUCUCGGCUCGCCCUUUUCGUGUCUCAACUCGGCCCGCUUCGGUAUCGCGUGGGGUGUGAUGGGUGCGCUCGAGGACUCAAUCUUCCGCGCGCGCGAGUACGCUCUCGAGCGCAAGCAGUUCAACCGCCCCCUCGCGUCCUUCCAGCUCGUCCAGAAGAAGCUCGUCGACGCCAACACCGAGGCCACCCUGGGUCUCUUGGGCGCCCUCCAGCUCGGCCGCCUCAAGGACGAGGGCAAGUGGUGCCCCGACAUGGUCUCGCUCAUGAAGCGCAACAACUGCGGUAACGCGCUCCAGCACACCCGUAUCCUGCUCGACAUCUUUGGCGGAAACGCCUGCUCGGACGAGUACCACGUCGGCCGCCACGAGGCCAACCUCCAGGUCACCAACACCUACGAGGGUACCUUUGACAUUCACACUCUUAUCCUCGGCAAGGCCAUGACCGGUAUCCCCGCUUUCGCCAACUAG